CUCGAAGGCUGAUGGGAAGGUUUAAUGGUGGGCGGGCUGGUGAGCGGGAGCCCGGUAGUUAGCGGCGCUGAUGUAUAAAGUAAAGUCUUAUCACCUGGGCGAGGGCGCCGUGGAGCUGCCCACUUGUAUGUACAAGGUGCCCAAUGUUCACGAAGCCGGUGCGGACGCUCAGAAUGGAGAUGAGUCUCUCGAGCUCCUGAAUUUGGAAUCAAGACAGACAGAAAUCCUGAAUCGCUUGUAUGAAUUGAAGGCUGUCGUCGAUGGUCUCUCAAAGACUGUUCUCACUCCAGAUGCUGACCUAGAUAUGGCAGAAAUGAAUCAUGCUUGCUCUGAGCCGACAAGUGGGACUCCCGUCAGUUUAGAUUCUGUACUAGGAAAGACCUCUAGUGUGCUACGAGACAUCGUCAUCAAUGCCAACCCGUCUGAGGUACCCCUGUCCCUGUUGGUGCUGCACAACCUGCUGUGUAAACAAUACCGGGUGUUGUCUUCUGUGCACGUGCACUCCUCCAUUCAAAACGUUCCCUCUGAACUCUGGAACUGUCUGGGAAAUGAAAGCAUUUGUCAAUCCCGUCGGGAAUAUCAACUUGGUUUCACUCUCGUCUGGAAGGAUGUGCUCAAACCUCAGAUGAAAUUCUGCAUCCAAAACAUGUGUUCCAUCGAAGGUGAGGGAAACAUCGCCCGCUUCCUCUUCGCCUUGCUGGGCCACCAGUAUGACGCAGUGACUUCGACCCAGAUCGACAGUUGGGUUGAUGUGGCCAUCUUCCAGCUGAAGAACGGAAGCAACAAGGGGAAGGCCGCAGUCCUGCGCUCCUUGAACUCUGCCCUCAGCAAGAGUCCCUGGGUGGUGGGAGCCGAUCUGACUCUGGCUGAUGUGGUGCUGUGCUGUGUCUUGCAGGAGGUGGAGUUGGGCAUCCCAGCCAACAUCCAGCGAUGGAUGCAAAGCUGCCAGAAUCUGGCGCCGAAACUGCUGAAAUAAAUGUCAGUUUGCAAGCAUCUGAUAACCCUGUACCUGAAUAUUUACUUAUGAGGAGGUAACUAUUUAAAAUACUUAAUAAAUAUUUUUAAAGGCA